AUGCAACAAAAUUCAGACUCUAACGGCGAAUCGCCGCGGCCGACGGCUUUUACCAUAGAUUUCGACCACGAUAAAAAAGUCGAUGUGCAAAGGCACAAAUCUCUGGCGGAAAAGUUCCAGCAGAGGCACAAAAGGGGCAAGUCGAUGUCCAAAUUGGAAAGCAGCUCUACUACGACGCCUACGGUUAAUAAGAAGUUGCCCCUCACAGGGAAUUUGCCUAGGAAAGCUAGUUUUCAGUUGGAAGACGAACUUCCAGUGGAAAGAUGCAAGAGUGCCAACGUCGUUUCAAUACCAAAAAAAACCGACUUAACCCUGCCUUUAGAAAACAUCACCUCAAAUCGUAUGACUCACUCUUUUCCCAAUUCCUCAACUCUCUUUUCACUCACCAGUCCCGGUUUUUGCGAUCUACAAAACAUCUCUAGUCCAGAAUUCGAAUCAAUCAGUCCGUUUAGUCCUAAUUUGGAAGACUUAUGCAGAAAUAUUAGUUUGUCUUCAGAAGAGGAUGCCAACAAUGAAGAGGAAAUUGAUUCAGCAAGCGAAACAGGUACCUACACCUUAGAAGUGGACAAUUAUUCCGAAGAACAAAAAGCCCGCAUGAGUAUAGAUAACGAAUUCAAAAUCGAAAAAAUCAGUGUAGAAGAAAAAACUGAAGAAUAUAUUCGUAGUUUACCUACAACAGUCAAAAGCGAAGACAUUUCUUGUUCGUCUUAUAGCUUACAAAAUAGCUUCACAUUACCUCCAGUACCUCCAAUAAAAUCCUACAACAAUGUAAAAAAACUUCUAUCUCCAAUAUUAUCUCCAACACAAAAUCUAUCAAUAAUAGACAAUGAUAGUUUGGAUUUGAUCAAACCAAAAAAGUCUUUAGAUGAAGGCGCUGUGAUAUCAGUUAGCUCUAGUGGAGCGUUCAGAAUAAAAACUGAAGAAAAAAGGAGGUUGAGUCUUACAAAAUCCGAAAUCCAUGUGGAGGCUUAUAUUGACGGACAAAUUUACAACGAGCAAAAGUUGAACAAUUCUAAGGCCAGUAAAAAAGGGCAUUUGACAGCCAAUAUUGUCAAUGUGCAAAGUAUAGAAGUUGCACCUGAUAAUGGGGAAGUGUUUAAUGGUUGUUUGGGUUUUGGGAAAAUUGGAAAUUUGGCUACAGUCACCACAGGUCUUCCACCACCAACCCCAACAGGCAAAACCUCCCCAUCGAAAAUACCAUCGCCGAUCCACACUUUAUCAAGACCCAGGAGCAGAAACAGCCUCUCAGCCCUCCCAUCUGACGAUUUCGACACCGAAACCAUCCUGAAACCCACUCGCAACUACAUCAACUCACUCCAACAAAAAUUGUCCCUGGACAGCGACCAGGACAGCGACUACGAAAUGAAAUACGGCCUGCAGCUCAACAACACGGCGCAUUUACUCAAACAACGCGCCCUCCACAUCAGGCACAAUUCUUUAGACGAUCGGACAAUAAAUAAUAAAUUGGAACAUUUUCAAAACAAACAACCAAUUGAUCAAACCUAUACAAAUGUAUUUAGUCAAUAUUCAAAACAUCAGAAAGUUGUUAAUAAAAUCAACAAUUCGCCUAGUAAUAGUCCUAUUAGACGGUCGAGUAGUUUUUCAAAUAGGAAUCAAAUUAAUAUUAUUAAAAGUACCAAUAUUAAAGAUUCGAAUUUGUGCCUGAGUGGAGGAGGAGCAGGUUCUCCUAGUUUGAAUAAAAAUGACAGGAUUCAGAGGAGUUCAUCCACUGCUUGUAUCAAGCCCAGUGCAAAAAAACCUUCAGAGCACAAAAAAAUCGACAGAAGUCAAUACGGCGAUACAGAAUCAAGCUCAGAAGACGACGAUCUCGAUCCCAAUCUACCAAACUUACAAAAAAAGAAGGAUUUGGGAAAUUUAUCAAAUACAAGGUGCAACAGAACUUUUAGUUUAAGAAGGGCCCGAGUAGACAAUGAAAUUAGUAAGCUUAAAUGUCCAAAUACUCCGGACAUGCGCCGUAAAUCGUUUCAACCGCCCUUGAAACCUGAACGAGCAAUUUCCGUUGAUAGAAAACCUAUCAAAACUAAUGAGGUACAAAGCAGAUAUUUGCUGAGCCUCAACAAACGUACAACGAUUCCGGUUGCUCAGAAAGAACCAAAAAAUGUCGUUGCUAAACCGGUUUUGAAUCCAUCUGCGGCGAAAACACCCGUCAAACAAAUUGCGGCGGUUUUUACGCGGGCGGAAGGCGGACGGCUAAGCAUGCGCAGUCCCAAACCGGCUGUUAACCCUCAUCUUGGAAACAAAAAUUCGAAAAAAGACGGCAAAAAUUCUAAACAAUCCGGGGGUGGGCGGAGCAAUUCGUCACUGUCCAGUCGAGAGGUGGAAUUUCAGAAUUGGAAAAGGCGGAAAAGUUAUGAUCCAAUGAAAGCUGCUGCUGAAGGUAAAAGAAAAGUGAUUGAAAAAAAACUAGGCGGCAUUACUAGUAGUAAUAGAAACGGAGGAAACGCAAGUCCUGAAAGUUCGCCUUCUCAUUCCGGAUCUGUGCAUCGUUCACAAAGCUUCCACGGAACCGCAGCCCUAGAACAACUAAUCAGCUCAGAAGAGGAAGAAGACGCCACAUUUUCUCCCGACGAAGGUUUCAGCCCUCCGACUCCGAGCCCUUGCGAAAUGAGCCCCUCCAAAGCCAACUUACGGCACACUUUGUGGGACCGAAUACGAAAUUAG